AUGAGUAACACAGUUGCACCUAAUGAACCGGCAGUAAUUAACCGUGCUCGAACACCAUUAAGAAGAUUAUACGAACAUUUUCGAAAGCGGAAACUAAUUUGGACAAUAUUCCUUAUUAUUUGUAUUAUUGUAGUUAUAGUUGCUGUAACAACUCCUGUUUUAUUGAACAAAACUAAAAGAGAAACAACAACAACAACAACAACGACAUCAUCAACAACAACAACGACAUCAUCAACAACAACAACAACAUCAUCAACAACAACAUCAACUACAACAACAACAACGACAUCAUCAACAACUACAACUACAACAACAACAACUACAACCACAACAACAGCAACUGCAAGGGGAUGGUUUUCUACUGGUAACAUGAAUAAUGCACGAGGUGGUCACACAGCAUCUGUAUUAUCAAAUGG